AUGCGUCAGCCGGGAUUUGAACCUGGAACGUCUCGAAAGUGGCUGCUGUCCCUGACGGUGACGCUGUGGAUUCUACUGGUCGGCGUCUCGUCAAUAAUCCCGAAUAACUUAUGGGCCCUUUUUCUGAUCUCGCGCGGUCUUUCCGGUGUCGGCCAAUCGAGCUGCACCGUGUUGGCCCCGACAAUUAUCGCCGAUCUGUACACCGGAACGAAGCGGAGUAUGGCGCUGAUGAUGUUCUUUUUUAUGAUUCCCGUAGGGAGCGGUCUGGGGUUCUUGUGUGGUUCUCGAAUGGGUUCAGCCCUUGGCCAUUGGCAGUGGGGUGUUCGAUUCACGGCGAUGAUUGGCGUUAUUAUCGACCUGCUGGUGAUUGUCCUGCUCCGAGAGCCCCGCCGUCAAGAAGAUGAAGCCACGAGGCCGGAACGAUCGUUUUGGCGGGAUUGCAUGCAGAUUAUCAAGGUCCCGACGUACAUUCUGUCGACGCUGGGGCUGACGUGCGUCAUGUUCCUCACCGGAUCUCUCGAGUGGUGGGCGCCGACGUUGAUCGAGCACGGGAAGGCGGCCAAGUUGGGGCUGGGCGAUAGCGAUGAAUUGACGGAUGAUCAGAAGAAUAACAUAACCCUCGUGACAGGCGCCAUCACCCUCAUCUCUGGACUGCUCGGCGUCGUCGUCGGCUCCCUAAUUGCCUAUUGGAUGAAAACGGGAAAGGGGCUGUGCUCCAGACUACAAACCGAGUCGGCGGAUGCGUGGGUGUGCACUGUCGGCGCGUUGAUUUGCAUCCCGGCCAUGGGCGUCGGGUUCCCGAUGGCGAAGGAUCAUCUUACGGUCGCAUAUGCCCUAUUCUUCGUGGGGAUCACGGCUGCGUGCUGUAAUCUUGCCGUGGUCGUCGAUUUGCAGUUGUCGGUGAUCGUGCCCAGCCGGCGGAACACGGCCAACUCGUGGCAGGCGUUGAUCUCGGCCAUUCUGGGAGACGCGACAGGUCCCUAUAUCGUCGGGGCGGUGAGU